AUGUAUAGAACGCCAAAGACAUCCCCCUCUAAAUCAAUAAGAAAAUAUCCACAAGAAUCACCCUCAUCACCAUCAUCAAAUAAAAAAGAAAAAAUGCAAGAUGCAGGAGAAAUAUUUUUAAAGAGAGAAUUAGUACCACGUAGAACUUUGGAAAUAAAAAGAAGAUAUGAAACAAAAACAAAAAAUGAAAUGAAAAGUGAAAGUUUAAUCGAUUUACUAAAAAAUGUAAUGCUAUUAUUCGAGUCUACAGCCCAAACAGUCUAUAGUCAAAUGAGGAGGGACAUAAAAACACAAAUAGAAAACAUAGCAGAUGGCGGCAUAACUAUGAUGUUAGAAAUUAGUAGAAGAAUAGCAGAAGAGGGCAUAACGAAAAAAGAAGACAACAAGGAAGGAAUGGAAGAGCAGUUGAAGGCAAUAAAAGAAAUGAUAGAAAGCAACAUUAAUGAAUGGAGAGACAAGAAGGAAAAAGAGGAGGAAAAAAGGCAAGAAGUAGAAGAAACAAUCAUCAACAUAAAAGAAGAAAUAGCAAAUAUAAAUAAAAAAGUAGAAACUAGCGAAGAUAAUAUAGUAGCGGAAGUUAUAGAUCUGGAAAGGAAAAUAAAGACAACGAAUAGGACAGGAAUAAUACCAAGAGAGGACCGAAAGGAGGAAGAAGGAAAAAUGAAAAACGAAAUAAACGAACAAAAAGCAGAGGAAAUAAUAGAAACCAUGGAGGAACUUAAGGAAAUAACGGUAAAAGGAAUGAAAGAAAUAUUGGAAGAACAGCAGCAUAUGUACAAAAACAUUGAAACAAUGAUUGGAAACCAGGAUGAAAUAUGCAACGAAACGAGAGAACAUAAAGAAAUAAUAAUAAAGAAAAUAAAGGAGACAAAUGAUACGAUAAGGAAUGAAAUAAUAAAGGAUACCACCAUGCUUGUAAAUGGACAUGCAAUUGACAUAAUGAGAGGCAUAGAUGAGACCAAGGCAAAGAUAGGAACAAUAGAAGAAAAAUUAAACUGGGAAGUACAAAAAGAGGAAAUAACAAAUAAAGUGUCAACGAUAAUCGAGGAGAAAAUGAAUAAAAGUACAGUGAAACUAGAAAAUGAUCAAGAAAUGGUACAAAUCAACACCUACGCCAGUGCAACCAGAAAAUACAUACCCCAAACGACCCACUCUAUUAUAAUAGAAUCAGAAGACAUAAACGAUACAGCAGACGAAGUGAUACAGAAAGCUAAAAAUAUCUUGGACCCGAAAGCUGAAGGCAUAAAAAUAGAUAAAAUAAGAAAAGUAAGAGAUCAAAAGAUAAUAUUAGGAUGUAAAAAGGAGAAAGACAUAGAAGAAAUAAAAAGAAAAUUAGAAAAAGGAAAAGGAAUUAAAAUCGAAAAAAUAGAAAAUAAGAACCCACUGGCGAUCAUAAAAGAAGUACCAUAUAAAAUAACCGAAGAGGAGUUGGUACAAUCAAUAAUAAAUCAAAAUAAGGAAUUAAUAAACAAUGAAGAAGAGAAGAUAAUAAAAAUAAAAUUUAGAAAAAAGGCAAUAGACGAACAAAGAUGUCACGUGGUAAUCCAAAUUAGGCCGACAUUAUGGAAAGCCAUGACCGGAAGGGGGUACCUGUACGUUGAGAUGGAGCGGUUAAAGGUCGAAGACCAAUCGCCGCUCAUCCAAUGCACGAGGUGCCUAGGAUUCGGACAUGGCAUGAAAUUUUGCCAGGAGAGUGCGAGAAGAUGCAGCCACUGUGGCGACCCGCAUCUCAGGGCAAAUUGCCCCGAAAGAGAGGCGGGUAGAGCGCCUCAGUGCUGCAACUGCGCGCACGCAGGCCUGGAGAACCGAGAACACAAUGCCUUUAGUAAGGAAUGUGGAGUACGCGACAAGUGGGAAUACCUGGCGCGCACCACCACAGCAUACGAAUAAUAAUAAACAAACACAGAUACACAAAGACAUACAAAAAUACAAACUAGAACAAAAUAA